ACCUUCAGAAGAAAAAGGCAGUCAGAGAAACAUGAACGCGCUAAUCGGGAAGCCAGCGUUUCAGCCCACUCGGCCACGCGGGCUAUCCACACUAACGACUUUCACCUCCCUCCUCGGCUGGCUGGAGGGGCGGAGAACCCGGCCGUAAGGAGGAGGACCAAAGUGGGGGGAGCAGCUUGAAUGAAACAAUGUAACAAUUGAUGUGAGGCCUUGCCUCGCGCCCGCUCCCCAGCGAUCCUAUAGGCGAGGUCCCACUGACUGCCCCUCCCCAUUGCUCCGUUUUCAUGUCCAUUACGCGCUAUCCCUCCGCCUCUCCUUCUUUCUUUUCUUUUCUUUUUUUCCCCUUCUCCUUUCCCCCCUCCCUCUCUCCCCCUUUCUCCAGCUCCGUGUCAUUUCCUCCUCGCGCUCACCCGCUGCCCGAGCGUCUCCAGCCGGCAGAGUAGGCGGAGCAGGGCGGUGCGGGGUGGCGUAGCGCUGGAGGGCGAUGGUGGCGGAGCUGCUGGGGGCGGAGGCAACGUAGCCCCCGCGGAAAAGGAGCCCCGCGGCGCCUGAGUCGAGCGGAGGAUGGAGAACCGGCCUGGGUCCUUCCAAUACGUCCCUGUGCAGCUGCAAGGGGGGGCGCCCUGGGGCUUCACCCUUAAGGGGGGUCUGGAACACUGCGAACCGCUCACGGUGUCUAAGAUUGAAGAUGGGGGCAAGGCAGCCUUGUCCCAGAAGAUGAGGACUGGUGAUGAGCUGGUGAAUAUCAAUGGCACUCCAUUGUAUGGGUCCCGCCAAGAGGCCCUCAUCCUCAUCAAAGGCUCCUUCCGGAUCCUCAAGCUGAUUGUCAGGAGGAGAAACGCCCCUGUCAGUAGGCCGCACUCAUGGCAUGUGGCCAAGCUGCUGGAGGGAUGCCCUGAAGCGGCCACCACCAUGCAUUUCCCUUCUGAAGCCUUCAGCUUGUCCUGGCAUUCCGGCUGCAACACGAGUGACGUGUGUGUGCAGUGGUGCCCACUCUCCCGCCACUGCAGCACUGAGAAAAGUAGCUCCAUCGGCAGCAUGGAGAGCCUGGAGCAACCAGGCCAAGCUACCUACGAGGGCCAACUCUUGCCCAUAGAUCAGAACAUGUACCCCAACCAGCGCGACUCAGCUUAUAGCUCCUUCUCGGCCAGCUCGAAUGCCUCUGACUGCGCCCUUUCCCUCAGGCCAGAGGAGCCGGGCUCUGCAGAUUGCCUCACGCAAGGCCCCGGGCCAACAAAAGCCCCUAAUGGCCGGCCCAGCAUGGCCGAGACCUCAGGAGGUAGCCGGCGUACCACCGGGGGCCCCCUGACUCCCAGCUCCCAGCUGUCAUCCCGCCCGCAGGAGGCCCAUCACUCAGGGCCUGCCAAGGCUACCAGAGGCCCACCACAGCCUCCAGUGAGGCGAGAUAGUCUGCAGGCCUCCAGAGCCCAGCUCCUCAAUGGAGAGCAGCACAGGGCAUCUGAGCCUGGGGACUCCUCGCAGCAGAAGGAGAAAGUGAGCUUAGACACCAUGCUAUCCCCAAGGAACCCGAGCAGGUUCUGCUGCUUCAGUGGGCAAGACCAAGUGGCAAAUGAGGGCCAGCAGAACUGUGAACUCAGCCAAGUUUCUGAAUCCAGCCAGCAGGACUCUGAGCAUCUACUGAUGGAGGCCUCAGCCAAAGCUGUCGGAUUCCCAAAAGUGUAUGAUAAAGCUUCCAGCGUAGAUUCCAGACAGCUCAACAAGCCUUCGGCAGAGCUAGCUAAGACUUCAUCUUUUGGCAGUCCCCCACACCUCACAGGACUCACCAGGCAUCGCCACAGUGCCCCAGAACAGCUGCUGGCAUCCCACUUACAGCACGUGCACCUUGAUGCCAGGGGCAGCAAGGGCACAGAGCUCCCAGCUGGGCAAGAUGGCCAUGAGUGGACUCUGUCACCUUUGCAUAGCAGCCACACAGGGAAGAUAAGUCCAUGUCCCCCUCCCGGAGGAGCCCAGGACCAGCCCAGCAAAGAAAGAAAGGCCAGACAACUGGAUGAUAGGCCCUUGGGUUCAGGGCAUCAGAGCCCAAGCAGUUCACCACAGAGAGAGGCUGAUGGACAUCCUCCAGAGAAAGGUUUCCAGGACCCAAACAGAGCGUGCCGAGCAGACAUUGACCUAGCCAGCCAGCAGCCCUCUGCCUCUGGCUCCCUUGUUCAACAAGCCAGGGACUGUUCUUCAACCACUAAAGGAGCUGGCAGCACAGAGGCCACUGAAGAAGGGGAGUGUGGCCGGGUGGGUGGUAGACGGAAUGGAGGGCCCCGGGGCCGCUCAAUCCAAAACCGGCGGAAGAGUGAGCGUUUUGCUACCAAUCUGCGUAAUGAAAUCCAGAGGAGGAAGGCCCAGCUCCAGAAAAGCAAGAACCCCUUGUCGCAGUUGUUUGACACUAAGGAGCCUGUAGAGGAGACUGAGGAGCCCCUAGAAAGUACUCCACUUCCUGCCUCUAACUCAUCUCUUCUGUCCUCAUGUAAAAAACCACCUAGCCCCAGAGAUAAGCUGUUCAACAAGAGCAUGAUCCUCAGGGCUCAGUCUUCAGAGUGCCUCAGCCAAGCCCCGGAGAGCCAUGAAUCGACAGGCUUGGAGGGAAAAAUAAGCCCUGCCCAGAGGCCUGGCCAUCCCUCUGUGGGCCUGAACACCUGGUGGAAAGCAUCUGAGCCCUCCUCAUCAGACUCUGAGAAAACUAGUGUUCACCACAGAGUCCGUGGAGGUCACUGGCGGUGGUCUCCAGAGCACAACCUGCAGCCACAUGUGGCACUAGCCAUGGAAGGCCCUCCUAACCCAGGUGACAGCAAGGAAUUGAAGGCUUCUGCUACCCAAGCUGGGGAGGAAGCCAUCCUCUUGCCCUUUGCAGACAGAAGAAAGUUCUUUGAAGAGAGCAGCAAAUCCUUCUCUGCAUCUCAUUUGCCAGGUUUAACCACUCACAGCAGUAAGACUUUUACCCAGAGACCAAAACCUAUAGACCAAAACUUCCAGCCAAUGAGCUCCAGCUACAGGGAACUGAGGCGCCAUCCGAGGGACCAGUCCUACCACUCCACAGACCAGCCAUAUCAUGCUCCAGACCAAUCGUAUCAUUCCCUGUCACCCCUUCAGUCAGAAACUCCCACCUACUCCGAAUGUUUUGCAAGCAAAGGUCUAGAACAAUCCAUGUGCUGCAAGCCACUGCACUGCAGUGAUUUUGAGUACCGCAGGACCUGCUCUUACUCCUGUGGCAUCCAGGGCGCCGUAGUCCAUGACCCUUGCAUUUAUUGUCCUGGAGAGCUCUGCCCGGCUCUGAGGAAGAGAAACAUGAUGCCCAACUGCUACAGCUGUCGAUGCCACCACCACCAGUGCAUCCGGUGUACAGCAUGCUAUCAUAACCCCCAGCAUGGUGGCCCUGAGGACAGCAGCCUGGCGCCUGGCACCACCUGGAAACCCAGGAAGCCCACAGUGCAGGGGAGGGGGGCCUUACUGCACCAUCUAGGACCUCCAAUACACUGUUUCGUAGAAGUGGAAUUUCCUGGGGACAAAUGGAAACCAAUAACAGGAAACAGGAAGACCAGCCAGUUAGGGAGGGAAAUGGCUCAUUCCAAGGCUAGCUUGUCUUGGGCAACACCGUUCCAUCCUUGCCUUGAGAACCCAGCACUGGACUUGUCAAGCUACCGAGCGAUCUCUUCCCUUGACCUUCUCGGAGACUUCAAGCACUCCUCGAAAGAAACAGAGGAAACUUCCACUUAUGAGGAGGGUAGCUCCAUGGCCUCCAUGCCCCGCCCGCUGCGGAGUCGUGCCUUCUCAGAGAGUCACAUCAGCUUGGAGCCACAGAGCUCUGGGGCCUGGGGGCAGCAUAGGAGGGAGCUCUUUACCAAAGUUGAUGAGACCCAACGGGAUCCUCUGGGAGCCCGAAAGAAGGCCUUUCCUCCUCCUCGCCCUCCUCCUCCCAACUGGGAGAAGUACAGGCUUUUCCGGGCAACCCAGCAACAGCAGCAGCAGCAACAGAAGCAGCAACAAGAGGAGGAGGAAGAGGAGGAAGAAGAGGGAGAAGAGGAGGAAGAGGAGGAAGGGGGAGAGGAGGAAGGGGAGGAGGAGGAGCUGCCCCCCCAGUAUUUCAGUUCAGAAACCACUGGUAGCAGUGCCCUCCAUCCUGAAGAGGUCCUGGAGCAGCCACAACCCCUGGGCUUUGGCCACUCGGAGGCUUCGAAGCAGAGCUCACAGAGCCACCCAGGAGAACAAGAGUCCUCUGGUCUCCAACCCAGCGAUUUCCUGCCUCCAGUGAGGGGCCACUUGGGAUCUCAACCUGAGAAGACUCAGCCCCCUUGCUGUUACAGUACGGGUGGGCUUUGGAGGACAUCAGAGAAGGAAAUCGCCAACUCCCCCAAACCAGAAGCAUCGAUGGCAGAAGAGUCCAAACCCAAGCCAGCGUGGAGCCAGAGCUACUUCUUCCCUGAGGAGCAGUUCUCUUUCGUGGGCUGGGGCUCUGAGAAGCAGCACCUCAGCCCCACGGGCUUCAGUGAACCCAAGACAACAGGACAAGAAUUUCAGCACUUCCCACCUCCUCUGGGGGCCCCAGGCAUGCCUACCUCUUACUCAGCCUAUUACAAUAUUUCUGUGGCCAAGGCAGAACUGUUGAACAAGUUGAAAGACCAACCCGAAAUGGCAGAGAUUGGCCUGGGAGAGGAAGAAGUUGACCAUGAACUGGCUCAAAAAAAGAUACAGCUUAUUGAGAGCAUCAGUAGAAAGCUUUCUGUCCUGCGGGAGGCCCAGCGAGGACUGCUAGAGGACAUUGGUGCCAAUUCUGCCCUUGGGGAGGAGGUGGAAGCCAACCUAAAAGCAGUCUGUAAAUCCAAUGAGUUUGAAAAAUACCGUUUGUUUAUUGGGGACCUGGACAAAGUGGUCAACCUGUUGCUGUCCCUCUCUGGACGACUGGCCCGGGUGGAGAAUGCUCUCAACAGCAUCGAUUCAGAGGCCAACCAGGAGAAGUUGGUGCUGAUAGAGAAGAAGCAGCAGCUGACAGGGCAGUUGGCAGACGCCAAGGAGCUGAAGGAGCAUGUGGACCGCCGGGAGAAGCUGGUGUUUGGCAUGGUCUCCCGCUACCUGCCUCAGGACCAGCUCCAAGACUACCAGCACUUUGUGAAGAUGAAAUCUGCUCUCAUCAUCGAACAGCGAGAGCUGGAGGAGAAGAUCAAGCUUGGGGAAGAGCAGCUCAAAUGUCUCAGGGAGAGCCUACUCCUGGGGCCCAGCAAUUUCUAAUCCACCAGUAGACUGACAUGCUGUCCCUGCCCAGACAAAUGGGAAGUGCUUUCAACCUUUGUUAGCAGUUUGUUAGCAAAUAGAUAGCAGUUAGUUAGCAGUUUGUUCCAUAGCCUCUACCUUGGAUAUCUGUCACUGCCCCUCACCUAGCAAUGCCCCAACCAGCUAGGAGUCCCUGAGGAGGCCCCAAACUUCUACCCUAGGGAGAAGCAAGAAGCAGGAGGUGCCUGCAGCAAGGUGUGAUUAUACAACCACACUCUCCUUCCCACGGUUUGCAUAGGCAAGCACUCACUGCACACAGAACCAAAAAAUGUCUUCAUUCUUCUUGGUACCAGGACUCCAAAGACAUCAUGCACUCACCACCCAUCCACACCACAAUCAGCCUCUCGAGGCUCAGAGAGAAUCUGCCUAUGUAGCUCCAUCCUGCCCAAAGUUCGUUGCCUAGCCAUUUCCCACAGAGAUCUGAAUAUCUCGAAGGUAUCACUCACCAGCAAUUUAAGGGCCUCAUGUAAGCUUUGCAGUGGGAAGCACAGAAGAAGAAAUUACACGAAACAGAAUGUAAGCAAAGACUGGGCAUCCCUAGGUGCCCCUGCAGAAGCUAGGCUUACACGAAUCAGCUCCAUCCCCACCUUCCCCAGCAGCUGAUUGAGGGGGGAAAGAGGCCUACUCUCAGCCCUGGCCAGUGUGGCCUUCCUCCUGUCCUGAGAUUUUUGGCCUACCACAUCCUGUCCCUUCCUGCCUUUCAUUGCUGGGGGUUAUAGGUGCCUACCCUAAGGUCUUCACACUAUGGGCCAUUAAGAGCUCCACUAAAGCUGACUUCUGCAUACACAUUUCAUUAUUGGGGAAGGGGUUCUUUGUUGUAUUUUAAAUGACCUUUUGAUUUUAUUUAUUUUUAUGUUUUGAUUUUUUUUUUCAUUUUUUUUUAACUAAAAAGGUGAGAAGAGGGGAAUCGGAGAGGGAAAAGUAAUCCCAGAAGGAAGGUGUUUUCUAUAGAUCAGCCUGAAUUUCACCAAGGUUAGAUGAGCGAAAGCCAAAGCCUCAAAUUCUUCGCCCCUGCCAACCCCACAAGAGCCAAAGUCUUGAAUUCUUCGCCUGAAGUUUACAAGGGUCUAUGAAAGGAGUUUUCACCUUGAACUCAGCUUACUUUGGCCUGGCCCUAUACUUUCCUUGACAUCAGGAUAACCAUAAGCUUAGCAUUCCCCAACAGGUUUAAGUUUUAAAGGUUUACCCAUUUCUCUACCACCUCCCACCUAAGAAAUUGGGUAGCAGAGAGCUCAGGAAGAGAUCUUCCAUCUCACAUUUCCUUUUUCCAGCCUGUGGCCUGACCCAGGGAACUGAAAUUCAUGGUAGCUAGAAGCUCCAGUCAGGGCCACCCCUUCACCAACAACCCCCCAACCCACAACCCCACCCCUCCACCCCUGUCCAGAGCAAUGUACGACCCAGCCAGGAUCUUAGGCACACACACAAUGAACGCUGCUAUUGUUGCCAAGGUCCUGUCCUAGAAAAUUGGAAAAUCCCUCAGGUGGGCGACAGCAGGAAAGGAGCUGUGACCAAACUCCAGCCCAUUAUCCAGCUCCAUACCCUCUUCCUCGCUCACUGGAGCCCCUGGUUCCUGUUGCACAGCCCUGCCCAGUUAAGCCCUGACAUCUCUUCUAGUUACUGCUGAGUUCCCCAGGGUCCUUGGAGGUGAACUAUAGCAGCAGGGAUGCCUCAUUCAGCCAAAGAAUUUGCCAAAGAACUUUGCUGCUGCUACAAAUACUGCUCUCUAGCUUCCGUUUCCUCUUCAUUGUAUUUGGAAACAAUGGAAGAAUCUUGGCCAGCUGUGUGUCCUGAGGGGGUCCCUGGGUAUGCUCUUAGUGAACUGCUGCUAUCAGAACCACUGUUAAAAUGUCAACCUGCCAUUCUCCCUUAAGUGGAGGAGUCUACGCUAUUCAGGAAGGCUGAUGGCUUGUAAAGGGCUAGGUUUACCCAAGCCAAGGUUGAGAAAGGUGGGGGAGUGCUAUGAAUAGAGGCUGCUGUUGUCAUCCUUUUUUUUUUUUUUCUUAAACAGGCUCUAGGAUAAAUAAGGAGUAAAUUGAGAUGUCCUGUAUGGGGGGGGGGUGGUUGAGGCCAACAUAAUCCAUCAUUCUAAGAUUUGGGGUGGUGCUAAAACAGCUUUUAGGGAACACAGGCACAGGGAAAAGAGUACCUGGACACAAAGACCACAUUCCGGGUUUUCCUAGUCAGCAUUAGAUUGGUUGUAUAUUAAAUUUAUCACUCUAGAAGUACUAUUGACUAUGUUAUUUUUGUCCCUCAUCCCACCUGAGAUUAGAGUUGGAAUCAGAACAAAAGGAUGCUCAUUUUCACCAGAAGGAUGGUUUCUAAAGCACUUAAUAAAAUAACCCCAAAACUAUACUGAGCAGUAAAGCUUGGCAGACAAAAGUCUGCUACUAAACAGGAACUAAUGCCCCAAGCUACAGAUGUGAAUGAUGGUGCUUCAGAGCUGCCAGUAUUAUUUGAGAAGCAGUGCCUCUCCCCCGUUCUCAUUUUCUGGGCUCAA